ACUUUUGGUUCACGAAAAAACAUAGUGCUUUAUUUUAACUAAAUUUGAAAGUUGGUGUUUUCCUAUAUUUAACCAGUUAGUCUGGAAUAUUAUUGGAAUAAAAGAUGUAAACAUUGGAUGUUAUUUAAGAAAAAUGUAAACAUUGGAUACUUAACGAUUGAAUUAUUAUUAUUUUAACGAUUAGUUUCUACUUUUUAGCUUCCUACCAUUGAAUUAUUAUUAUUUUAAUACACUUUAACUUCACGUUAAAAACUUAAUUACUUUUAGAAAAAUAAACCAUUCAUAUAAUGACACGUAUACAUAAAAGUUUCCAAGAGAUCCUUAAAGCACAACCGGAUAAAAUAUUCGUGUCAAAUAUUAAAAAACGACUAUGUAUAUGUCGCAUGGUCCUCAAACUUUUGAUUUUUUAAGAUCAGCCUGAAAGUCUUUAUAAUCUUUAUGAUUUCGGAAUAAGCAUAUACAUAAAAAUAGUAAGCCUCAUCACUGAAUAUUAUUGGUUAAAGUGUCAAAAUGGUUUAAGUUUCUUAGACUGAAUUGUUGCUACGUAUGAGAAAGAUUGAAGCAUGGUCUUUCCUUUCCUUUUCCCAAAAAAAAAAAAAAUUGAAGCACGGAAACAACCGGUUACUGAUAAUUUUCUUAAUUACAGGGGAUGUUGGUGUUAACGUUAUCAGUAUCUAUACCAGGAAUGAAACCGCCUGAAUGUUCUACUGCUAGUGCUGAAGACUGCGAAAAGGCAUCGGUUCUACAGUUAGCAGUUUUCUUUGGAGCGUUAUACAGAUUAGCGAUUGGUAUGGGUGGUACAAAACCUAACAUAUCAACAAUUGGAGCCGAUCAAUUCGACGAGUGGGAUUCAAAGGAGAAGAUACAAAAAAUCUCAUUCUUCAAUUGGUGGAUGUUUAGUAUUUUCUUUGGUACUCUAUUUGCCAACACUAUUCUUGCCUAUGUUCAAGAUAAUGUAGGCUGGGCCUGGGGUUAUGGGCUUCCAACUUUGGGACUUGCUCUUUCCAUUUCUGUUUUCUUGUUGGGCACUCCUUUUUACCGCCAUAAACUCCCCACGGGAAGCCCUUUUUUGAUGAUGGCUCGAGUCAUUGUGGCUUCAUUUCGCAAAGCGAAAGCACCAAUGCCGUCUGAUCCCACAUGCUUCCACGAACAGCCUUCACUGGAGUAUGAGCGGAAAGGCACCUUUCCGAUCCCCUCCACUCAAAGUUUAAGGUUUUUAGAUAGAGCUUCAAUAAAAACAGGAACAAUCGGUCAGUGGAAUGUUUGUACAACCACAGAAGUAGAAGAAACAAAACAAAUGCUAAAUAUGCUACCUAUUUUGUGCAUAACUUUUGUCCCAAGUGCGAUGAUCGCUCAAGUUAACACUUUGUUUGUCAAACAAGGAACCACUCUAAACGCAAGGAUUGUCGGAAAUUUUAGCAUCCCACCAGCGAGUCUCUCCGCCUUUGGGACAGUCUCAUUCCUCGUGUCCAUUUUCAUAUAUGAUCGAGUCUUUGUCAAGAUAACCCAUAAAUUAACCGGGAAUCCAAGGGGCAUUACUUUGCUUCAACGGAUGGGAAUUGGUCUUAUCUUCUACAUCAUCGUCAUGACCGUCGCAUCUUUCACCGAAAGGUAUUAAGAUUUAUAAUAAAAUGUUUAUUAUGCAUAAAUAUUUCAUAAGUAGGGUUUAUUAGAGUAUGCAUAGUUGGUUUGUGGUUUGGUUAGUUAGAACCGGUAUAAACCGGAUAGCUUAUAGUGGCAUUAGUAAUUCACAUCCGAGUUUUAGAGAAUCAUAAACACUUUUAUGUUAACUAGAUAGUUUUCGCGCUAUGCGCGGAUAAUUUCUAUUUAAAUUGUACUAAUGAUUUGUUGUGUUAAAAUCAAAUAUUGUAAAAUAUUCAUGUGUUUAUAAACCAUCUAAAAGUAAAUAGUUGUUAAAAUAUUUUAUUAAACUAUUGUUCGUAUAAAUUAAUAAAAUAUCAUGAUUUUAUAACAAUGAGUUUAAAGAGUUUUAGCUGUUUUUUGUUUUUCGGAAACAUGAACCAAGUGUAUGUUAACGUAUUUCCUAUUUAUCUCAGCAAUAUACUUUUCUUUGUGAGUCUUUCUAAAGAACUAAUCCUUACUAAUGCUCCAUGGAAGCUUUAUAGAAGAUUAGCCCAAUUUUUCAAAAGCAUAAUUAAAAAAGCUUAUAUUCUUUUUAAAAACAGAAACCGAAUAUAAUCUAUAAAAUUUUUUAAGGUAAUAUUAAUUAUUUACAAAAUUUAAGUUAAUUACUUCUCAAAUAAAAUAAAAAGGCCUGCAAGAGUGUACAAUACUGAUACCCAUGGAUAAACAAAUGGCAUAUAUUCUUAUUAGGAAAUCUUCAUACACACUCACUUGGCAUAAAACGAAUGUGAAAUCGCAAAUUGUACGAUUUCUCAGUAAAAAGGACAACGAAGAAAACCAAAAGCAACCAAAUGAGUUUUUAUUCCACCUCCAAUUUUAAGACAUGCACUCUUCUUUAUUGUUUUUCGCUAUUCGUCAGACUAAGAACUUUUAGACAAUACUGCGUGAAUCCACGACUUCUGGACCUGUGCAACACAUUCACAUAUCCGCAUUAGGUUCAUGUUCUCCUGCUUCCUCAAACUUAUAUAAUCAAAGAACACCGCAUAGUUGAACUGUAAAACUCAGCAGCAAUAAUUAGUAUUAGACAUGAGUUCGGAACUAUAACAACACAUCACUGACGUACACCAAACACUUGGCUGCGUCCUCAUCAACUUCCUCAAGAUAAAGAGAGACCUAAAGAGUUAACACAGAUGAUAAGACUUACCAUCCAACCUUCAAAGUUUUAGGAUUUGUAGAUCCAGGAAUUCUUCGUCGCUCUAUCUCGAGCUUAUUUUCUGGAAAAUAAAUCCAAAGCUAAUGUCAACAAAUGUAUGUCUCAAAACAAAUAUCAUUAGUCGUGACUGAUCUCUCUGAGCGUCCAAACUCAUUGUCUCUC